AUGAAAGGAAGAAGCGAUAAUGAGGUCAAUGGGAUCCUGGAAGAAGAGCAAAAUAGAUACUGGGAGCUUGAAAAGCUUGUGCUCGAAUUCGAAACCGCAUUCAACGAACUUGGUCUGCGAGUUUGGGAGUUUUUGACAAAAUACUGGCAACCUCGCAUGAUCAAGUACCUCUCACAUCGCGACCCCUACGACAAGAAGCAUCACGAAGAGACAAGGAAACUUGGGGUCAAUUUAGAAGUCGACGACAGUAAUAUUCCUGGGUGGAUACACAUGUUGGGAAAUAAGAUUGAAGAUAUGGAGGAUGAGAGUUUCUAG